GCUGCGCUCCGCUCCAGUCUAAGCUUCUCCAAAUAGGAUGACCGUCGGCUUUUGUGGAGGAGGACAGCGUACGCCUCUCUAGCUCGUUCUGGGACACCCCUAUUUCGGUCCGUCUCACCUGAGGAAAAAAAACCUCAGAAAGUAGAACAUCGCUUCUGUGUUUAGUGUGGAUUUCUCAUGGAUAUUCCGAAUUAAAGAGGUGCGAAUUGAGCGCGGCAUGUAACAAAAAGAAGCGCAAGAGAAAAGUAGCGCUCGUCCUGUUAUUCUGAAUCGAGCUCAUUCAUCUGAACUGCUUGAAAGGAAAGAUCUGAUGGAUUAUUAAAAUAAAAAUAGAAAAAAGAGCUGUCAUAGACAUUCAUGAGCUGAAGGCGAAACCACAUCUUUAGCAGAGGACCAGCAGCAGCCGCGGCGGUGUUGGAGUGACCAUGAGGUCAGAGGCCUUAGUACUCUACUUCACGCUACUGCAAAUAGCCGGGGCGGGUUUCCCUGAGGACAGUGAGCCUAUUAGCAUCUCACAUGGCAACUAUACUAAACAGUAUCCAGCAUUUGUGGGCCACAAACCGGGUAGAAACAACACACAGCGGCACAAACUGGACAUCCAGCUUAUCUUGAUUAUGAACAGGACAUUAUACAUCGCUGCCAGGGAUCACAUAUACACGGUGGACACAGAGACUGCCAACGGUGAUGAGAUCUUUUUCAGCAAGAAAAUGACCUGGAAGUCCAGACAAGCAGAUGUAGACACUUGCAGAAUGAAAGGAAAGCAUAAGGAUGAGUGUCACAACUUCAUCAAAGUCCUCCUGCAGCAAAAUGAAGACACCCUAUUUGUUUGUGGCACAAAUGCCUUCAACCCCUCCUGUCGAACCUACAAGAUGGACUCCUUGGAGGCUCUGGGAGAAGAAAUCAGUGGGAUGGCACGCUGUCCUUAUGAUGCCAAGCAUGCCAACGUUGCCCUCUUUGCAGAUGGCAAGCUGUACUCAGCAACUGUAACAGACUUCCUAGCGAUCGAUGCGGUCAUCUAUCGUAGUCUUGGCGACAGCCCGACUCUUCGCACUGUCAAACACGACUCCAAAUGGCUUAAAGAGCCAUACUUUGUCCAGGCAGUCAAUUAUGGGGACUUCAUCUAUUUCUUCUUUCGGGAAAUUGCAAUGGAGUACAACACAAUGGGAAAGGUUGUGUUUCCCCGAGUGGCGAGGGUUUGCAAAAAUGACCGCGGAGGCUCGCCCCGCGUCCUGGAAAAGCAGUGGACGUCGUUUCUAAAGUCCCGCCUGAACUGCUCUAUCCCGGGGGACUCCCACUUCUACUUCAACAUCCUGCAGGCCGUGACAGACGUUAUCCACAUCAACGGGAGGGAUGUGGUGAUGGCUACUUUCUCCACGCCUUACAACAGCAUUCCAGGUUCGGCAGUGUGUGCGUAUGACAUGGCUGAGGUGGCCCACGCGUUUACUGGGCGUUUCAAAGAGCAGAAAUCCCCAGACUCCACCUGGACGCCUUUUCCUGAAGAGAGGGUUCCCAGGCCAAGACCUGGCAGCUGUGCUGGCACUCCAUCCAUGGAGAGGUACAAGGUAUCCAAUGAGUUCCCUGAUGACACACUCAACUUCAUCAAGAUGCAUCCCUUGAUGGACGAGGCUGUGCCCUCUAUUGCUCACAGGCCCUGGUUUCUCAAGACCAUGGUUCGGUAUCGUUUGACCCGGAUUGUGGUGGACAACGAGGCGGGCCCCAACAGGAACCACACGGUAGUGUUUCUGGGAUCUGAAAAGGGCAUUAUCCUGAAAUUCCUGGCCAAAAUGAACAAAGGCUUCCUCAACGACAGCCUUUUCCUUGAGGAGCUCAACGUCUACAACCCUGACAAGUGCAGUAUAGAUGGUGUGGAAGACAAGCGUAUCAUCGGCAUGCAGAUAGACAGCAAGAGCAGCGCUCUGUGGGUGGCUUUCACCUCCUGUGUGGUCAAAGUGCCGCUGUCUCGCUGUGAAAGGCAUGGACGAUGCAAGAAGUCCUGUAUAGCCUCCAGGGACCCGUACUGUGGUUGGGUGUCAGAAGAUGCCUGCCGACAGGUGACUGCUAAAACCAAAUCAGCCUUCGAGCAGGACGUGGAGCAUGGUAACACAGAUGGCCUGGGAGACUGCCAAAAUACAUUUGUGGCACUGAAUGGCCACCACCAUCAUCAUCACCACACCCUUUCACUUCCCACCUCGGCCCUGCCUGAGGCAGCAGAUGGUCCCCUGGGGCGGAAGGAGCCCCCCAUGAGUUCAGACAAAGGGGAGGAGUCCUACGUGGCAGUACCCUCUCAGACUCAACCUGAAGCCAAUGGUGUGAUCCGUGAGAGCUACCAGAAGGGUCGGGACCAGCUGGUUCCUGUGACCCUGCUGGCCAUCGCUGUCAUCUUGGCAUUUGCAAUGGGGGCGAUCUUCUCAGGUCUCAUAGUUUACUGUGUCUGUGACCACCGGCGGCGAGAUGUAGAUCUGACAGGCCGGAAGGAGAAGGACAGUCUUCACCUACACUCCCGCCGUGGGUCGAUGAACAGCGUGACUAAGCUGACUGGUCUCUUUGAGACGCAAGCCAAAGAUGGCCGCCCAGAGGCGAUCCUCACCCCUUUGAUGCACAAUGGGCGACUGACGCCGAAUGCCAAGAUGCUGAUAAAAGCCGACCAGCACCACCUGGACCUCACUGCUCUGCCAACGCCUGAGUCCACACCCAUGCAGCCGCGCCGUAAACCCAGCCGUGGAAGCCGUGAGUGGGAAAGAAAUCAGAACCUCAUUAACGCAUGUACCAAGGACAUGCCGCCUAUAGGCUCUCCUGUCAUCUCCACUGACCUGCCCCUGAGGGCUUCACCUGGACACAUCCCCAGUGUGGUUGUAUUGCCUCUCCCGCAGCAUCAGCACCAGCUUCAGCCUCAUCUGCAGCAGUCUUACCAGCAUGAGUAUGUAGAGCAGCCCCAUCACAGCGACUUAAGCAUGGCUCACUGCGUCAUGGACGACCAAGGUGCCACUUUGGAAUACAAGCCUGGUAAGAGCCACAUGGUGGAUCCCGAUGGGAUGCUGCCACCUCGUGUCCCCCAGCGAGAGGCAUCCCUCACCGUCCCCCCCGCUGUUCCGCAGAUGGGCAAACGUCUGGAGGUCCAUUCCUCUGUGUACGGCCUCCGAAAAGGAUCUGCGUCUUCUGCCUCAGGGUCUUCCGCCCUAAGGAAGCACAACACCAACUCAUCCAACUCCUCCCAUUUGUCGAGACAUCACAGCUUCCGUGUGGAGAGCCCACCUCCUGCACCUCAGAGGGUGGACUCCAUACAAAUGACAACACAGGGGAUAUCGCUGUCUCGACAGCCUGGAAUGAUCAACUACGGCUCGCUGCCCAGAACGGGAAGCAAACACCUCAAACCCGAUGUCCCGCCAAAACCUUCGGUAGUCUCUCUCUCAACAAAAGCAAAGUCCUGUGACUCUGGCACAUAGUCAGCUCGUAACCCUCUUAAACCAGACUGAACAGACAUAAGCAAAAGGUGUUUUCAGACAGAAAGAAGAAACAGGGAAUAUUGUUCAACUUGCAUCUCCGUUUAGUGCAUUUGUUUUUGUUUGUUUUUUUUUUCUGUGGGAAAAAUUACAGUUUUUUUAAUAAAACAAUUUGUUUUUAUAUAAAUAUGUAAAUAUCCAAUGGAUGUUGUCUGUUGCUGAGCUAAGAUCAGCUCCCAAUUUGUCUGUAAACACUAAUAGGAAGAUGUUCAACUGAAAGAGGAAGUGAAGCCUGUCCUGAUUUUUCACGUAUCGGCACCCUGUAGCAUUCAAGAUGGUGGCUUUCCAGUUUGUAGUGUCUUCAGCCACCAGGACUUGACUUUUAAUACAUUAUCGUGCCGAUUGAUGCUUACUGAUGCCGACUGAUGCGUGCGGGGGUCAGAGGAUGAAGAAAAAUCAAUGUACAGAAGCACUUGGAGAGACUGGGUUCAGACUGAGUCCUGUUGGAUACUGUGAAAAGAGUCUCAGUGUUACAGCAAUCAAGAUCUGUCUGGGUUCGGCUCAAACCCCGGCAGGAGGAAUCUUCUACUGUACUGAACAAUAAGUGACUGAUAAUACUAAUAGCCUGUUGUAUUUAUUUUUAUCAAGUGCUUUAAAAGAAUGAACUGACUUUUUAGACUCGGACAGAAAGAGAGUGAAGACAAAGAGGAGGUCUUCUAAUAUUAACUAAUCAAGUGAGGAAAGCAAAAUAUUUAAAGUCAUUAAACUGGAGCCAGUAGAACUUUUCCUGUCGACUUCUAAAAGGUCUUACUGUGUGCUCAGUGAGACCGGCAGCCUGACAUACGAUGAAGAGGAGGAGCUAUUUAUUUAAACUGUGCCAGACCAGACUUUAACCUUUACAGAGUUUCCAUUUUUUUGACCAAUCAAGAACGAUAAAAAAAAUCAUUAAAAAAAUUGCAAAAUUUCCCCUUUCACUCCUCCAAUGACAAACCCUACCCCUCCAACCCCACCCACCCUUUCCCCCGUUCCUCAAACCAAACCUCCAAUCAGCACUGUGGUUUUUUUCGUCUGACUCCUAAACAUCCGUCCUGAUUAGCUCACUGUUGCAUGUCACACAGAAAAAGGAAGAGGCGCUACAGAAACAGUGCGGUAAUAAACAUUCAAAUAUAAGCUAAACGUUGCAACAGAGUGACGCCGGUCCAUCAUGGUGUCACAUGGACGAGUAGGCGGGAAAAAAAAAAAAAGAAAAAAUGGAAACAAAAAAAACUUUUUAUCAUCUGCUUAUUUUUCCACAUGUAAAUUUGUGCCUUACACCCUAAAGUAGUGACAAUGUUUUUUUGUUUAAUAGCUGUUAACUUUGUGUCCCCAUUGUAUUUUUCUUAUUUUUAUUUUCUUACGUCAUGAUAUUUCCCUUGUUUGAUAAAAAUGCAGUUAAAGAAUGUAGGUGUUAUUGUUGUAAUUCUGGUCCCUUAGAAAUUAACAGUUAACAAUUCAGAUGGAGAGGAGAGGAGGGAGCUAUCACUUUCUUCUUUUUUACUCUUUCUGCACAGACUCUCACAUCAUCAUGGUUCAUUUCUGACUGUGCCAUUAAAGCUUCAAGCUGCCCUUCA